CUAUGGACGAUGAGAAGCAGCACUCCGCUCUCCAUCAUCAUCUGCAGAAAAAUGCGAGCGGGGAGCGGUAAGAAAAUGUCAGCUCGCGCUGCCCUCCCUCCGCCGCAGACAUGAGCGCAGUCCCGACCGCCUCUUCCAACCGCAACAAGUUGCUCUCACCAUGCGGAUCCACUGCAAAGUAGUUGUGAUCGCCGUGUGUUUUGGAGUUUUCUUACUUUUGUACUUUUUGGGGGGCAACGCCGCGGAUGAUCCGCUGUUGAAAGAAGUUGGAGAGGAGCCGGAGGAGCAGGAGGAGGACAGCAGCUCUUCCCAGUCGCCCUCCCAGCUCGAGCACAAUGUUGUUGCAAAGUUUCCGAGGAAAUCGCCCGCAGGAGUCGGCGUGCGUCCGGAAGAGCCUCUUAAGGGACGAAAACAGGGGAGACCGAUUAGUAGAGGGGCCAGCGUGAAUGCAAAGAGUAAACCACGGAGUAAUGUAGCCCGACCUGUAACCAGGCGCACCAAGGCGGAGGAUGUCAUGCAUUUGGCCGUGGUGGCUUGUGGGAACCGUCUGGAUGAGACCCUCACCAUGGUAAAAUCAGCCCUCCUGUUCAGCUUAAAGAAGAUCAAGUUUCACAUUUUUGCUGAGGACCCCUUGGCCCUGCAGUUUAAAGAAAGGCUGAACCAGUGGCCUCGCUCUGUCGCAGCCAAGUUCCAGUACAGAAUCUACCCCAUCUCCUUCUCGGUGGGAAACGCUGACGAGUGGAAGAAGCUCUUCAAGCCCUGCGCUGCUCAGAGACUCUUCCUCCCUGUCAUCUUGAAGGACGUGGACUCUUUACUCUACGUGGACACUGAUGUGCUGUUUCUGCGCCCUAUGGAUGAUAUCUGGAAUCUACUGAAGUCCUUCAACAGGACGCAGCUGGCAGCGAUGGCCCCAGAGCACGAGGUACCCAAGAUUGGCUGGUACAGCCGGUUUGCCCGCCACCCUUUCUACGGCGUCACGGGUGUCAACUCUGGUGUCAUGCUGAUGAAUCUCACACGGAUCCGCAGCACGCUGUUCAAAAACAGUAUGAUCCCUACUGGCCUGUCUUGGGAGGAUCUUCUUCAUCCACUCUACCAGAAAUACAAGAACCAUAUCACCUGGGGAGAUCAGGACCUCCUCAAUAUCAUCUUCCACUACAACCCAGAGCGUCUCUUCAUCUUUCCAUGCCAGUGGAACUACAGACCUGACCACUGUAUGUACGGUAGUAACUGCAAAGGGGCUGAAGAGGAAGGCGUGUCCAUCCUCCAUGGCAACCGUGGCGUGUAUCAUGAUGAGAAGCAGCCAGCGUUUAAAGUAGUCUAUGAUGCAAUCCAUAAUUUUCCCUUUGAGGACAACAUGUUCCAGUCGCUCUUCUACCCGAUCCAGACCAAGUUCCUGGACACGGUCAACACGCUCUGUGGUCGGAUUCCUCAAGUCUUCCUCAAGCAGAUCGAAAAGACAAUGAGGAAGGUGUUUGAGGACAAAGUGGUCCGCCACGUCAGGCCACAUAAAUAACUGAUGGAGAAAGUGGGUCUCCCUGUGGAUUCUUUGUUAUCUCAGAUCAAACUGGUGGCUCUGCAUUUGCAGUGUUCAGCGCAUGACACUUUCUGGAAUAAGGGUCUCAUGAACAUUAUGAGCCUCUGGUGAUGAGUAAUCACCCUAUGCAUACAGUGCUGGUCAGUGAUGUCGCCGAAUAGGUUUGCCUUAUAACCGUCUUUAUUUUGACAUCACAAGUGAUGUAACGUAUAAGAAUGUUGGAAAUCUAGAGUGGUGGGGGGGCUUUUUAUUCUUUAUCAAGAAUUAUGAAAGUAUCAGCUCAUCUCAAGUGUGUAAGAAAAAUUUAAGCUGUGUUUUUUGUCAAGAUUUGUACAAAGGUGUCUGUCUGUUUUUUUACUUUUCCUCACAAGCAUUUGAAGUACUCCUCCUAACCAUUAGGGAGAUGUGUAUGUGCUACACAAAGUCAACUUUGGACAGCUUUACUACCUUGAAGUAGUAGAUUUAUAAACCACUCCUCUAAAAUUGUGAAUGUUUUAUCAGCAAAUAACUUGAAGUGUGAAUCUGUGUAAAUGAGUUUUGUGGUCUGUUUUGCAGUUGCCAAAUGCCGCUGACAGUAUUACACACAGCACAGCAGAAGAAAUGUAGACUUUUGUGUUGAAUACUGAAUGUCACAAUGCACUUUGACAUUAGGACUGGAAGGUUGUUGUUGUUGCACAUAUGUCUCCAUUAGAUACAACACGACUCGACUGAAAUCAAAACCAAAAGUGCUAGAUUUUGAAAAAAGGAGGGAAAAAAAGGUGUCAAACCACAGCAGAUCAUGUACCGUAUAAAUAUUCAUGUCUGAUUUUUUUUUUCCUGGCAGAAGAAAAUAAGUGCUGUAGAUUUGUGUGUUUGAGAAAGUCUCCGAGCCUGUAAUCUGAUGUGUGGUGUACGUACCAUGUGUUCAAUGGUGAACGCAUGGGCUGUAUAUUUUAAAGUUGCUUUUAAAGGGGUAUAAAGAGCCAAAUGUAUCAAAUCAUUUAACCUGGAAACUGAAUAGCUGUACACUCAGCGUGUGUUUCUUAAUAAAACAAUGCAAUGUCCUGAGUUUACCUUAGCCUCAUUUAUGCACAUAUAGUCUUGGUGAAAAGAGCGUACCACAUCUGUCAGUUCUGAGGUUUUACACAUCACAACAUCAUUAAGGAAAAAAAAGUGUCUAAUUCUGAGCAGGUCUUAAAAUAAGGACAGGAACAUGUGACAUAUCACCCUGUGUUGUUUAUUUAACAAAAAUAAAGCCAAAAUGCAGAAGUUGUGUGUGAAAAAUUGAAUGCACCCUGCACCUCAGUGUCUCCUACAACCAAAUUUAGCAGUAAUAACUUCCUGUGCGACUCCGACAUCGUUGUGGAGGACUUAUGGCCCAGUUUUCAUUACAGUGUUGCUUCAGUUCACUGAGGUUUGCACACUUCUGUUAAUUUCAGUAUGUUUCAGGUCUGGACUUUGACUUGGCCAUUAAAACACCUUGAUUCUUUUCUCUUUCAGCCAUUCUCUGAUCCUGUUCCAGGAUCCAGUUUGGGCUAAGCUUUAGUUGUUGGAGAUGGUUUUGACUCUGUAAUACUUUGGUAUGCAGAGGAGUUAACAGUCUGCUCAAUGACUGGGGCUUCAAAACAACCCCAAAUCAUCACCCCUCCACCACCAUGCUUGAGAGCUGGUAUUAGGUGCUUUGUUUGGUUUUUGCUGUACCUUGUGGUCAAACAUCUCCUCUUUGGUCUCAUCUGUCUAAGAGACAGUGUUCCAGAAGUCUUAUAGUUUGUUCAGAUACAAUCUUCCAAACAUAAGCUGUGCUGCCUUGUUUUUCUUUGGGGUUUUUUUAAUGGAGAAGAGAAUUUCUCCUGCCAACCAUUCCAAACAAACUCAUUGCAGAACAAUUAGAAAAAAACUAAACAAGUGUCUUUUUCUAAUUGUACUGCAAUGAGCUUUAGUAUUUAACAUGCUAACUGAGGCCUGUAGAGAUUCUCACUGUUGCUGAUGAUCAAUGAUCAAAUGCAUUUCAUUAGCAGCACCUGGCCACUAGUUACUGCGUUCACAGGAAUUAAGAGGGUAAGGGUGUCCUUAGUUUUUAUACAGUGCUUCUACAUUUUGGCCUUAUUUUUGUUAAUAACACGGUAUAAUAAUAUGUCAUGUGUUGUUGUUCAUCUCAUUUUAAGACCUAUUAAAGACCAGAUAUUUUUAAUUAUGUCCCAAUACAAAUGUUUGUUGUUGCUUUUUUGUGUGUUUGUUUGUUUGUUUUCACCAUGACUGCAUAAUAAUCAAUUGUGUUUUAAUAUGUUUGAAACAAUAAAGGAGGAUGAACUAUAUUUUUUAAAUGGUGACAGAGAGAGUACAGACAAUGGUUACUAAAGAUUUGUUUCAACAAGAUCAGUAAUUAUCUGAUGUCAGUAUAUUUUGAUCCAAAUAUGAUAAUAUAGCAGAAACUUAGCGAUUUGAAAGUGAAGCUAACACUCACCUAACUCUCUGUCAUGUGUGUCAAACUCAAUGCCCGGGGACCUUUUAACCCACUUAUCAGGGCUCCAGAAACCUGAAAAAACGUAGAUUGUGGUUUGUUGUUUUUCAUGGGCCUUUUUUCACACUUGAAGGCAAGGCUAUAUAGAAUAUGUAAACAAGCGUCUACACAAUGAAAUGUCUUUUUUCUUUUCCUUUUUAAAUGGCAGUUUCUCUUAAGAUUUGAGAUACCAUGUCUGGGCCCUUAACAAAUAUGUAAAGAAAUAAAGAUUGAUUAUUUUGCUUUUACAUGAGGGUAUAUUUCUUUACCUCCCAUACUUUGUAAGUGGUAACUGGUAUUCUUGAAUAAAUCAUAUAAUGGUAAGAAAUAUGUUGAAAAUUAUUUAUAAAGGCCAUUGUGUGCAUAGACCAAUUGGAUGUAGGAAGAAUAUGUGAGACAAUAUUAUCAAGGAUUUUUUAAAUUAUGGACAUUUUCCCAGUCAGAGUAUUGUUUCAAACCUUCCAGUGACUUAUGAAUCAGUAAUCAUCCAAGACCGCCUGGAAUAUGCAAAACAUAUUACUGGAAUAUAUUGUCAUUGUCAGGGAUGGUGUUAAUUAAAGAAUGUCAGCUGUCAAACACACAUAUACACAUCUGGUCCUUUAUGUGUUCACAGCUUCCCAGUGGGUAAACCUAAAUUUGACACCCCUCCUAAAUUUAGUCUAAAUUUAACUUAAGAUACAAAAUCUAUAUUUAGAAUAGACAUUUUAAAUUGUCGGGUAUCAUAACUAAAUUUUUGUAAAUAUUGUCUGUAUGCAAAUGGUGAUGAGUGCCUCUCAGUCCCAGGUUGUAUCUGUGCAUAGCAUCUUAAUGUAUUGAUAUUACACAUGCAGCAUCUUUUUAUGUUCAGUGUACUUUUUUAGAAAUCAUUCUGAUUCACUUGUUA